UACAUAGUAUUAUCAAGGUUAUUAGUAGUUUUUUUUUUAAUCAAUUCUUGAAACUUUCUCCUAUGGCUAAUAAUUUAGUAGGUAAGUUGGAGGCUGAAUUCGAGCUGAAGUCUGAUGCUGAUGAGUUCUUCCAUAGCUUUGGCGCUAAAGCACACCAACUCCCAGAUCUUGUGAAUGAGAAAGUUAACAGGAUUGAAGUGCACGAAGGUGACUGGAAAACUGACGGCUCUAUCAAGCUGUGGACUUAUGUCAUAGAUGGCAAAGUUGAGGUCUUCAAAGACAGGCUCAAAAUUGACGAGGAGAACAAGACAAUUACUUCUGAGGCAAUAGAUGGAGAUUGCAUGAAGCACUACAAGAACUAUAUAAUAACGUUACAAGUUAUCUCCAGAGGUGUCUCCAGCUUUGCCAAAUAUACCAUUGACUAUGAAAAACUGAACGAGAAUAUGCCUAGUCCGACUAAAUAUCUGGACUGGCUACUUCAUAUGGGGAAGGAUGUGGACGCUUCACUUAUCAAGGCCUAAUAUAUAUGCUUGUAAUUAAUGGAGCAUAUAGAUUUCUGCAGCAGUAAAAGGAAUUAGUACAAUAAAAUUGCACGGAAAAGCAAAACAAAAAAUAAAGAAUGUAAUCGAAUUAGAUGCAUAUCUUUGUGCUACAUGGAUCAAUUCAUCAGUAAGAUCUUUAUCCCUGUGUAUGCCAAUUGAUCCUAGGUCUUCAAUAUUUGUUGCAUAUGUAUGAUGACAAUUAUUAGCAGCUGCCAUUUUGAAGUUGUUUCUUUGUACUAUAGCAUUAGUUCUCACUUGUAUUUUGAACUUUCAUGAUAGUCACUUUAUG